UCUCUUCAAAUCCUUUCCACACCCGAUAAAGGCAGAGGCCUGUAUGCCAUCCGACCGAUUGCACAGGGCACAGUAGUGGAAAUUUCACCAGUCUUGUUGUUUACACCUGAAGAGUGGGAAGCUCAUGGCCGUCAUACGGUGCUGGAUCAUUACACGUUCAUUUGGCGUAUCCCAGGUGAAACGAGGCCAUUUAUGGCACUAGCAUUGGGAUUAGGUUCUAUCUUCAACCACUCAUCACGCCCAAAUGUGUCUUUCUACCGCAACAUAGACGCUCAGACGAUCGAGUACACUACCACCCGUGACGUUUCCACCGGGGAAGAGCUCUGCAUCAGCUACGGCGAUUCCUCCCGCCUUUGGUUUCCGGUUGUGGACGACAACGCACUAGCUAGCGAAAGCGACGAAGGCGAG